AUGCUUUCAGAUGGUCCUUUACAGAACGUAAAUGCUUCAAUAGCGAGUUUAAUUAAUCGUAGAAAUAGUUUAAAAAGCAAUGUUAAAAAUGUUGUUGAAGAUCAAUCAAGUCAAUUUAGAUCUGUUUUUAAAGAUAACAAAAUUUUAAAAUCAAAAGCUGAGGAGUUACUUAAAGAAAUGUCUCUAAUCGAAGAUGAUCUUGAUGAAAAUUUAAAAUUAGAAUUGUCUAAUUGUUCAGGAGAUCUAAAUAUUUUAUCGUGCUCUCUUAAGGAAAUUAAUCUAUUUAUUGGUAUUUUAAAAGAAUUACUUGAAAUUCAUACAAUAGUUUCUGAAGCAAAAAAUAAAAUUGAUAAAAAACAAUAUUUGCAAUGUGCUGAAGUAUUAGGAAAAGCUAAAGAAAGCAUAAAUUCAAAUUCAAAAAGGUUUCAGCAGCUUGAAGUAUUUAAAGUUUUGGAAAAACAAGUAACUGUAUUAAAUGAACAACUUGUUAAUGAAAUAUUAAACAUUUGGGAAACAUGUAUAAAUAUUAAUGAAGAUGAUAAUUUAAAAAAAAAUAAUAGCACAACUCAAAUCACAUUAACCAUUAAAAAAAAUACUUUGAAUGAGUUGUUUGAAAUAUUAAAAGUUUCAAGUCAUUUGAAAUGUAAUAUAUUUGAAAAAGAAUUUAGUUAUAAUAUUUUAAAUAAAUUCUUAAAUAAAAUUAUUUUAAAAAAAACUUGUUUAGAAAUAAGUGAAAAUAAUACCGAUUUUAUUUUACUUCUUAAAAUUUUAAAUGAUGAAAAAAAAUCAAAUUGUUCUGAAGUCUUCAGUAAUAUUAAAAUUGUUAUAAAUUUUUUAAAGACACAUUUUACAUUUGAAAAUGAGAAUGAUCAUCAAGCAUUUUUAAAAACAAUUAGUAAUUACAUAGCAGAAGAUUUUGUAAAAAGUUUAAUUGAAAAUUUUUUAAGCGAAGCAAUACCCAACCAUACUAAAGAUUUUGAAAAAUUUAAGGGUAUUUUACAAGAUGCAGAAAAUCUUGAAAAAUAUUUUCAAAGUGUUGGAUUUUUUUCUGAUGGCUUUUCUCCAAUAACUAAUUAUACUCGAAAUAUUAAUGAAUUAUUUACCGAUAAAUUUUGCCAAUCAUUUUUAAGUAAAGCUAGGGAUAUUAUGAAAAAAGACCUUCAUAAUGUUGCUAAUUCACAAAAAAUUAACAGCAACAUUAAAGUUUUACCAUCCAGCUGUGUGAGUGUUUUGCAGAGUAGAAUGAACAUCCAAGAAGAUGAAUUUACUUUUAUUGCAUGUAAAAUUAGUAAACAUGCUAAUGAACUUGUAGCCUUGGUAAAUUCUUUAAUGACAGAAAUAGAAAAAAGUACAGAUUUGAAUAUUAUUCGUUUAUAUUCUACUAUAAAGAAUAUUUUUGAAAUGUAUUGUGCAAUAGUUCCUAUUCAUCACAAAAAAUUCAUGGAAUCAUUUCCGCAACAAGUAGCAUUGUUUCAUAAUAAUUGCUUAUAUUUUGCACAUAAUUUAAUACACAUUAUAACAAAGCUUUUUAAAAAAAUACCUGAAAUUUUAGUAGUAGCUUUUCUAAAUGAGGCUAUCGUUUUAAGAUCUGUUGCUGCUGAAAAAUUAGAAAUGGCAGUCACCUUUCAAAGAAAUCAAUUAAUCUAUAUUUUACAAGACUCUGAUUAUGCUACCCUUAAUGAAAAUUUAGCAUUAAAUCCAACUUCAGAAAAAAGUAUUCGUCAGUGCAUAAGACAGCUACAAAUACUUCAAAAUGUUUGGCAAGAUGUACUUCCAUUGAAUAUUUAUAAUAGAGCCAUUGGCUUCUUGGUUGAUGCCUUAAUUGAAAAACUAAUCGGUUUAAUACUACCGGUGGAGGAUAUAUCAGCAAAAACUGCAGGCGAUUUAGUUUCUGACUUUACUAUUUUGUUAGAAAAAAUUCCUAAAUUGUUUUCAGAAGAAAAAGAAAUUUUUAGACAUGUUAAAAAAUGGCAAAAGUUUACAGAGUUUGUACUACUUGUAAAGGGAUCUCUUAAAGAUAUAGAUGACAGGUGGGCAAAUGGUAUGGGACCACUUGCAGCAGAAUUUACAGCAGAGCAAGUAAAACAUUUAAUUCGUGCUUUGUUUCAAAAUUCUGAUAGGAGAGCUGCUUUACUAGCAAGAAUCAGAUAA